UCAUUUGCAUCUUGGAAACUUGGAUUGUUUUUGAGUGUAAAGUUGACAUCAGCCUGCUCAUGUCUCCAUUGUCCACUGCUAAGUGGAUAUUUGUCCACUGGUGUGGUCUUGGAUGUCACAUGGUCAGCGUGGCAGAUUGUGCAAUCGAGGAAAAGGAAAUGUGUGAAACACACACCUGUUUUCCUUACACUGGACAACAUGAAGCUGCCUGUGCUGCUGCGGUUUGUGCUGUUGCUCUCGGUGUUGGGCCUGUUCCAAGAAUAUGAGACUGCAACUCAGGUUGCAGACGGCGACGCGACGAUGAUGUUUGAAGAAGAACAACAAAAAGCUCUGAUUGAACCCAGAGAGCCUGCCUGUGAGAAGUAUGAUGGCUCCUGCACCAAGGAGUUUGAUCCAGUAUGUGGCAAUGAUGGGGAGACCUACAGCACAGAGUGUGUUCUCUGCCAACAAAACAGAAAAGAGAAGAAGAAUGUGAAAAUCGCCUCCAAAGGGCUGUGCCAUUCUUAAUUGACACAGAGAUAUUGACAUCUAGAGAUAAGAGAUCUCAACAGAGAGAGAGAGGUGACAGGUUAUGUUCAUUCCCUGUAUCUUACCCUUUCAGUAAAGUCACUAACUGCAA